AUGGCUUCCCAGUCCGUUCCCUCCAAACCAACAGCCUUUUUGCCAUCAAUUAGGCCUAAGAAGAAGCUCAAAGCACUCCAUUGGGAAAAGGUUGAUGCUCCUCAGGUGACUGUAUGGGCAUCUCAUGCAGUAACCCCUCAAGCGAAGGAGGAAAAGUAUACCGAACUUGCCAAAAAGGGUGUAUUGGAUGAAGUUGAGAGGUUAUUCAUGGCGAAGGAGACCAAGAUCUUUGGAGGCAAUGCGGCAGCCAAGCAGCGUAAAGAUAAGAAGCAGCUUAUCUCUAACGAAUUGUCUAAGAAUCUGCAGAUUGCCAUGGCAAAAUUCUCCCAAUACCCUGCAGAUGACGUCGUGCGGAUGGUUAUUCACUGUGACGCGGAUAUCCUUGACAACCAGGUUGUCAUGGACUUCCUCCAACGGGAUGAACUGUGCACGAUACCUGAAAAUAUAUCCAAGCAGAUGGCACCUUACAGCAGGGAUUGGACAGGUCCAAAUGCUGCUAGCUCUGAGCGGGAGCAAGACCCGGCUGAGCUUACGCGUGAAGAUCAAAUUUAUCUAUAUACCGCUUUCGAGCUGAACCAUUAUUGGAAAGCGAGAAUGCGUGCCCUUGCAUUAACUCGCUCCUUUGAGCCCGACUACGAGCAUAUAUCCGCCAAGCUUCAGCAGGUUGUGAAAGUGAGCGAAUCGCUGAGGGAUUCUGUAGCUCUGAUGAAUGUCCUUGGCCUGAUCUUAGAUAUCGGAAAUUUCAUGAACGAUGCUAAUAAGCAAGCUCAAGGUUUCAAGCUGAGCUCUCUCGCUCGAUUAGGUAUGGUGAAGGAUGACAAGAACGAAACCACCUUUGCAGAUCUUGUCGAGCGGAUUGUGCGCAAUCAAUACCCAGAAUGGGAAGGUUUCGUUGAUGACAUCAACGGUGUUGUCGCCCUUCAGAAACUUAAUGUCGAUCAGUUGCGGACAGAUGCUAAGAAGUACAUUGACAAUAUUAAGAAUGUACAGGCGAGCCUAGACGCUGGUAAUCUAAGCGAUCCUAAGAAAUUUCACCCGCAAGACCGCGUCAGCCAAGUCGUUCAAAGGAGUAUGAAGGAGGCUAGGCGCAAGGCCGAGCAAAUGCAGCUCUAUCUUGAAGAGAUGAUUAAGUCGUACGAUGACAUUAUGGUCUUCUACGGUGAGGACAACACAGAUGAGGGCGCUCGACGAGACUUCUUUGCCAAGUUGGCUGCUUUCUUGCUUGAAUGGAAGAAAUCUAAGGAAAAGAAUAUCUCGUUGGAGGAGGCUAGAAAGCGUACAGAAGCAUCACUUGCUCGCAAACGUAAUAAUGCUGCUCUUGCAAACAGUGCUGGCUCAGGUGAAACGUCACAACUGCCUGCCUCAAGCGGGGCCAUGGAUUCUCUCUUGGAGAAGUUACGAGCUGCAGCUCCUCAGGCUAGGGAUCAGCGUGACCGUCGACGUCGUGCUAGAUUGAAGGAACGACAUCAGAUUCGCGUGGCUUCGGGCCAAAGGAUGCCAGACCUACCUGGAGCUGAAGACACGGAAGGUGGUGGAACCAAUGAUGGGAACGAAGUCAAUGACAAUGUUGCCAGUAACGAUGAACCAAAUGUUACAGAGACAGGGCUUCUGAGCCCUCUUAGCCUAGGCUCGGACUCUGGGAUCACAAGCAAAGAUUCGACACAGAUCUCAGAGAGUGAAGAUGUUGCAGAUCGUGCUGCAAGCAUGUUACAAGGUCUAAGAGAUAAUACCGAUGGGGAGCGGUCCAGAAGACGAAGGGAAAGCGCUGAAGAAGAACGUCGAAAACGCAGAUUACGGAGACGGAAUGGGCCAACGGGUGGGAGUAAAGACAGUGCGGACGGCUCUGCUCUGUCCCCAGUACCGGAGCCCAUGACACCGUCAAGGAUUGACUCGAAAGGUUUAGAAGAGCCUAUCGCGACUAGUCCAGAAGAUGCCGCUUCGCAACGACCGGUUACUCCAGUCAUCGUCGUGUCUCCAACAACAGAACAACACCACCGCUCAAGUGAUAAUGAACCCGAUGCCGACUCUCCUGGCAGAUUUUCCGAACCAUCAAAUUGA